UGUGCAAGGAUCCACCUUACAAAGUUGAAGAAUCCGGGUAUGCUGGUUUCAUUUUACCAAUUGAGGUUUACUUCAAAAACAAGGAAGAACCUAAGAAAGUUCGAUUUGACUAUGACUUAUUCCUGCACCUUGAAGGCCACCCACCUGUAAAUCACCUCCGCUGUGAAAAGCUCACAUUCAACAACCCGACAGAGGAGUUCAGAAGGAAGCUGCUAAAGGCAGGAGGGAUGAUGGUAAUGUCAGAUGGCACAUCGUUCUCUUCAGGACAGAGCCUUCAUCUCCCCAGCCUUCCCAGUAAUGCCCUGUCUUUUUCUGAAGUGAAGAAGAAACCAUCUCAUGGGCCAAAGGAACCAACUAGGAUUCUGAAUACAAAUAGCAGCAGCAGUAGUAACAGUUUUUCAAAGACCCACAAGUUAACAAAGGAGCACAAGGAAAAAACUUCUAAAGACUCAAAAGAACAUAAAAGUGCCUUCAAAGAACCUUCCAGGGAACACAACAAAUCUUCCAAAGAACCCUCUAAGAAACCCAAAGAAAACAAACCACUGAAAGAUGAAAAAAUAGUUCCUAAGAUGGCCUUCAAGGAACCCAAGCCCAUAUUCAAGGAGCCAAAAUCUGAAAACAGCCCCAUCCUUACCAUAACAGGUGGGCAGCAGCAAGAAAAGAAGACCCCCACAAAAAGGCCCUCUGUUCUGGACUCUGACGAACAUUCUGCAAAAAAAAGAAAAAAAAGUGGCUCGGAUUCAUUAUUUAAAAGUUUUUCUAGUGCCCCACCACUGAUUCUUACUUGUUCAGCUGACAAAAACCAGACAAAGGAAAGAUCUCAACUCAGUGUGGGGAGAGUCAAAAUUGAAAAUGACGCACUGGAAAAGAAGACGCCAACUUUGCCACCAUUUGAUGAUAUCAUAGAUCCCAAUGAUUCUGACAUGGAGGAAAACAUGUCCUCCAAAUCUGAAACAGAAAAGCAGGGUGUGCUCAACCCUUCUCAGUAUCACCACCAUGCUCUACCUGGUUCUGGGCAUAUUGGCCUUCACGUUCACAAAGUGGAGGACAUAGAGGUUUAG